AUGCAGAAUUGCACCAAGUUGGUCAACGAUGCGAUCCGUCUUGCUCACGAGAUGCGACUCACCACCACCACGUAUAGUUGGGGGACCUUCAAUGCAGGUGCAACAGAGUCACAGCUCUUCUACAGUGGCGAGCUUGGAAAGUACAAAUUGGUAGACGCCAAGACGGGUCAGAAGCUGAAGCGCUCGUCUGUCAAGGACCUUGCUUCAGAUACAGUCAUCGGCGACAAGGUUUGCACCAUAUUUCCAGCUCUGGAGCGGAAAGGAAGCAAUCGGGGAAAAUUGGCCCUGGUCGAGGAAACCAUGCUUGUCAGCAUCAGGGAGAGAUACCGUCAGAAGCCGAAGCGUAAGGCGGUGGUGGACACCAUUGCGAAGGGAUGA